AUGACAUGGAUCAAGUUUCUGCAGAGUCAUGAUGACUAUGUAUUGUGUAACCUGCUCAGUGCCGCAUCUGGUCCAUUCCCCAACCGCCAAAUCAAACUUUACAGCAUGAGAUUCUGCCCCUUUGCCUAUAGGACCAGAUUAGUGCUGACUGCCAAAGGGAUCAAGCAUGAAACAAUCAACAUCAACCUGAAAGACAAACCUGACUGGUUCCUUGAGAGUAGUCCUCUUGGAUUUGUUCCAACACUGGAGAACCCUGCUGGUGAGGUGAUAUAUAAUUCUCCCAUCACCUGUGACUACCUGGAGGAAGUUUACACCGAGAAGAAGCUGCUUCCUUCCUCUCCUUUUGGUAAAGCUCAACAGAAGAUGUUGGAGCAUUUUUCCAAGGUAACACCUUACUUCUACAAGAUCCCAAUGGGGAGAAAGAAGGGCGAGGAUAAAUAAUAAAAAAUAAAUAUCUUUUAUUUCUGGAAACAUUUCAAAACACUCAAGGUCACCAUAUAGACGAGGCAAAGUACAAAUAUGAGCUGCCUUGACGGCACACCUGAGCUGAAGAGGAAAACAGAAGUGAUCAAACUCUUUAAGCGAGUGUUAUGCAUAUCCAUUUUUUGUUGUCAUGUCUGUUUAUCUAACCUUGGAAUAGGAAAAUAUAUUGUAGCAAAUAACAUGAUUAGUUAACAUUGACAGGGAUACAGUGAAUGUUUUUAUUGGAAAUGUAAGACUUGUUUUGUUAUUAAAGGGUUCAGUAAUGUAAAUAGGACUCACGGUUUCUUCAAUGGGGCAGCACUUUUUCUAAUAAAAAUUGGAGAUGUAAUGACUCUGGCCUGAAUCUGAAUGUUCUCUCCAUGUCAUAAUAAACAAAACUACACGUUAUUCCCCCAGGCUAAACAAAGUGGUCUAAUUAAAUAAAUCUGACAACUGGACUGCAUUGAGUGCAAAUAAUCGCUUUCCAGUAAGCAAUAAAAAACGUCAAACAUUACAAAAUGUAAU